CAAACCACACCUCUCAUACACAUGUGCACAGUCGUUGUAGUUUCUUACAAUGGAUGUGCGGUUAACUAAGUGCGAAUCUAAUGACGGAGAAGAAGGAGACGAGUUUCAGGUUGAGUUCAAUCCGUCUGAUAAAGUUUACACUGUUGAAGAUGCCGUUGAAGCAUGUGGGUUCGGGUGGUUUCAAAUCAGACUGUCAGUGUUCGCUGGACUCAUAUGGAUGGUCGAUGCCAUGGAAAUCAUGGUUUUAGCCAUACUAGCGCCAGAAGCUCGUUGUGACUACAACUUGGAAACGUGGCAGGAGGGUCUUAUCACUACAAUUGUGUUUGCUGGAAUGCUCCUCGGAGCUGGCUUGUGGGGCAUGUUCAUGGACAAAUUUGGUCGAAGAAAAGGUCUCUUUAUUUUUUGUGUAUUUGUAUCUGUGAUGUCACUAGUGAGUGCCUUCGCUCCAAAUUACCCUCUACUGGUAAUAUUUAGAGGAAUUGUUGGGUUUGGCAUUGCUGGAGGUGCUCAAGCAGUGACUUUCUAUGCUGAAUUCCUUCCAGUAAAGAGUCGAGCAUAUUGCCUCAUUUUUAUUGAGGUAUUCUUUGCUUUAGGAACAUUUGUGGAAGUUCUGUUGGCUCUUGUUGUUCUUGGCCAUUUUAAGUUGGACUGGCAUUGGUUGUUGGGAUUUACUGCAGUGCCACUAUUUAUAGAUCUGCUGGCUUUUAUUUUUGUACCAGAGAGCAUUAGAUAUCUAGUAGCAAGCAACAAAAUGGAAAAUGCAACUCAAGUUCUUGAGCAGAUUGCUAGAAUUAAUGGAAAGAAAUUGCCUGAAGGACGAUUGGUGUCCAAGGGCGAAAAAGAAAUGAUUGAGAUGUUGGCUUUGGAGCAGCAGUCACCAUGUGAUGAUGAUGGUGAGACUGAUGAGGAUGAUAGAAAGUCACCCACGAAUGAUGACACAGAGAGACUAAUGAACAGGGCUUCGGAAAAGGAUGAAGAAGUUCGGCAAGGGAAUUUCUUGGAAUUAUUUUCAAGUCAAGAGCGUGCUACUACAACCGUUCUGCUCUGGAUUGUCUGGUUGACUGCAGCUUUUGGUUACUAUGGUGUUGUUCUUCUCACCACUGAAAUACUGGAUAUCAUCAAGGAGCAGAAUGCUGAUAGUGUUAACAGCACUUUAUUUGCCAAUACCAGUGGUAGUUACAGUUCAGAUGUUCUUCAGUGUACAAGAGUAGAACAUAAUCGAACAGACGGCCAGUGCAAGAGGUUGGAGUUUGAUGAUUAUAUUCAAGUCCUAUGGACAACACUAGCAGAAUUUCCAGAGCUCUAUUUCUUAGGUCUCUUGUUCACUGUUCUAAUCAUUGAACGCAUUGGAAGAAAGAAAACACUGGCAGUUCAAUUUUCCUUAGCUGUUGUCUUCUUCUUUUUAAUGUUUAUUUGUCCAAUACACAAAAUUGUGUUAAUGACUCUCAUAUUUGGUGCAAGAAGUGCCCUGACAGGAGCUUUCCAAGCAGCCUAUGUGUACACACCAGAGGUAUAUCCCACUUCUAUCAGAGCUCUUGGACUGGGAUUCUGUAGCUCUUCAGCUCGUAUUGGAGCCAUGGCCACUCCUUUUGUUGCUGAAGUGUUAUUAAGGAAGACACUACGAGGUGGAGAAGGGCUGUAUGCUGCAUUUUGUAUUGUUGCUGCUAUUUGCUCGUUGCUGUUGCCAAUUGAAACAAAAGGCAGAGAACUUUGAGUAAGUAUUGGAAAUGAGGGUUCUCUUGCUUAUCUUGAAUAGUUUUUAUACUAUUUGGGAAUCACUCACCACUUCAUGGGAAAAGGGUGCGCUUAAACUUGAUAUUUUGAUGUAACUUGAACUAUAGAACAUUCAUAGAUGGCACUGAAAGGUAUUGAGGAACAUAAAUUAUGAAUUCACUACUUCACUAUGGUAACUGUUUUUAAAUAACAAAUACCUUUGUAAAUGUAGCAGUUUUAUCAAACUAUUUUUCUCUCCUUUUUCGUC